GCAGAAUCUUGAGAUGCGUAACACGAAGACGAAGCAGGCGUGGAUGGUCAUUAAUCAUUCUGUUCAAAUCAAUGUCUCUCCACCAAUCUACGUUCGCAAUAUUCCUGUGGCUGUUCACUAGUGAUUUAUGGCCCUUUGGAUUGUCUAUAAACACCACGGCGCCCGGGCGAGAGGAUGUGCGUUUCGAGAGUUCGAUGCUUUUACAACAAACUGCGCUCAAGAAAUUGGGAGUUCGAGAGAACGAGAUGAAUGCGAUCACGCUGAAGUUUUUCAUGUCCUUGACGUUGAUGUGCUGUGCCACGGCAGAUUUACCAUGUAAUUCAUCGGUCGGUAUAGAGAGUGGCGAUUUACCAGAUCAUUCAUUCCUUGCAUCAUCAUUCAAAGCUGGUCAUUUUCCUUAUCUCGGUCGACUGAACAACAGAAUAAGAAAAAUUAAUGAAACGAAACGAAUAUGGGGUGCCUGGUGUGCGGAUGACGCGAAUAAAAAUCAAUAUAUACAGGUUGACUUAAGAACAGUCCGAAAUGUGACAGGAGUAGCUACCCAAGGUUAUGUCUAUGGAUCUGUCACUUCGUAUCAAAUUAUGUACAGUAUCAAUGGAAAACAAUGGUUUCCAUACAAAGACAAUAGCACAAUGAAGUCCAAGAUCUUCAUGGGCAAUGAACAUAAAGGCAAGAGAGACAAAAUUGUUCGUCAUAAAUUAAACCGACUACUUGCAGCAAGAUAUAUUCGUUUCAACCCGUUAUCAUGGGUCCAAGUUGUGUGCAUGAGAGUUGAUGUCUAUGCCUGUGAACAGCCAGAGGAAGAAAUUCCAACAACACUCCCCACCACUCAAGAAUAUCUAACGCCAACAAACAAUGUUGCUGUUAAAGAAGCUACUGUCAAAAGUGGAAUUUUAGAUGAAAAAAUAACGAAGAUGCCAACAAAAAAAGUCUAUUUGGUUGAAUCGAGUUCUACUGAAUCUACUGAACUUAAAGAUGGACGCAAUUCUGGUAUCACAACCUGCUGUUCCUUUUCCAUUUUGUUCACAUGUCUACUAUUCGUCCUCAGCAAAUUAGACUUAUAGCUUGUAUAGAUUUAAAUUUUUUCCAAAAACAGUCUAAGCUCCAUUGCAAUAAUGAACCGACGAAUGUGGCAGUUGAACGGUGUUAGAAAUAAAACCAUGAAUGCAGAACAAUGCAUAUAAGAUCCGUCGCUUAAUUUCAUUGUGGAAAGAUAUUAAACUUGGGACAAAGAAAGCAGGACUGUAACGCCAUUGGAAUUUUUACUUGAACAUAGAUUGAACAAUGACAGUGUAAAUAUUAUGUUUUUGAAUAUUGAACAAAAAUAAUUAAAUAAAUUUAUAGUAGUAAUAUUCUGUCUUUAUC